AUGAAAGAACAUAUAAGGAGAAUAUCGUCAGAAGAAAUUCAUUGUCAUUAUUUAGGAAAAAAUAUACAAAAUGAAGUUAUUCGAUUACUAGCCAAUAAAAUAAGAUCUCAUAUAUUAAAUGAACUUAAAAAUUCGAAAUAUUAUUCUAUAAUUUUAGAUUGCACGCCAGAUUUAAGUAAUAUUGAGCAAAUGACUGURAUAGUCAGGUUUGUAACAGCUAUUGAAGCAACCACAAGUAAAAAAGAACAUGUUUCUAUAAAUGAACAUUUUAUUGAUUUUAUAGAAUUACAUAGCACUACCGGUUUAAAUAUGACAGAAGUUAUUCUUCAAAAACUUAAAGAAAUGGAUAUUCCUAUAAGUGAUAUGAGAGGUCAAGGUUAUGACAAUGGUGCUAAUAUGCGCGGACAUAAGAGUGGUGUUCAAGCAAGAAUUCGAGAUCUAAAUUCAAGAGCUUUCUAUGUUCCGUGUAAUGCACAUUCUUUGAAUUUGGUAUUGAAUGAUUCGGCCAGUUGUUGUUUAGAAGCUGUUUUAUUUUUUGAUACAAUACAAGAGACUUACGUAUAUUUUUCAGCAUCAACACAGCGUUGGGGUAUACUUCUAAAACAUGUUAAAAACUUAACUAUUAAACCGUUAAGUCAAACACGGUGGUCCAGUAGAGUUGAUGCUAUUAGAGCUAUGAGAUUUCAAGUUGGUGAGAUCUAUGAUGCUUUAAAAUAUAUAAUAGAUGACACCUCACUCAUUGGUGAAACUGGAGUUCGAAGUCGAGCUGAAGCUAAAGGUAUAGCUUUGAAAUUAAAAAGCUUCAAAUUUUUAUGUUCUUUAGUAAUUUG